AUGAAAUUCACAAUGAUUCUUAUGUUUAUGGCUAUUCUUUUGAAUAUUUCUCUGGUACUGGGUGACUUUUCCUGCAAUUGUGUAUGCUGCAAAGGGCGUCCUCCGACAACUUGUCUUUCCUUGAAUUCUCCAAUGAAUCCGUGUAAAAAUGGCACUUGUCUCAGUUCUUGUCGACAAAAAUAUCCAACACUUUGUCCAGCAGAUAUUGCAUUAGGUACAUCCUAUGGAACAUGUCGUGUUACUGCCUUAGCGUCACAUUAUAAAGCAAGUAGCCUAAUAACCAUUUUAUUUGUGGCAGUUAUGGCCUUUUUUAAACAAAUAACUUUUUAA